ACUCACCUCCUCCUCCUCCCGCCAUGGGAUCUCCUUCCCCAACUCUCACGGUUCUCUGAACCACUGACAUGGCGUCUCUUCUUCAACCCCCAUCCCCGAUUCGGCUCCCUCCCCUCAACCCCAUCGUCCCGCUCUUCUCUCCCGCCAAACCCACCACUCUCUUCCCCUGGUCCCCGAACCCAAUAAACCCAUUCAAAGCCUCGUCCUCCUCCAACACACCCGAAUCCUCCGAGCCCGACCCGGGUCCCGUCGACCCGGUCAAGCUCGCCUUCGAGAAGGCCACGGCUUACCGGAAGUCCCCGCAGUCGAAGCCCGCGGUCAAAGUCAUGACUGGGGAUGCUGGGGCCGACAGUGGAGCCGGUGCCACCAGCCCUGGUCCAGCUCCGGCGGAGGGUAAUGGCGGAAAUGGCGCCGAGCAAGUCCCGGAUGCGGCCAAGAUUGCCAUGGAGAAGGCGAAAGAGUACAGGAAGAACAAAGGAUUGAAUGAGGAAAAGGGGGCAGAUUCCGGCGCAGGGGUCAAAGUUGAGAAGGCCAGUAACAAGGAUCAAUUGGUUGUUUCGAGCGUCGAUUUCGUGGGUCUUGACUUUGGGGAUAAGAAACGGACUCGCAGACUUCCUCCCGGUUUGCUUCCCGUAGCCGAGACUUUCUCUGAUCAGGACAUAAAGGAAGUGGAGAUCAUCGUCGGAGACACGAGUAAAUUCGAAGACUCGACAGCGACAAAACCCGCAUCGGUAAAGGAAGAUAACUCGGAUGUUUACAAACCAAAGGUUUCUACUUGGGGCGUUUUUCCGAGACCAAGCAACAUCUCCAGAUCGUAUGGGGGUGGAAGAAAUAUUCGCCCAGGAGAAGCACUUGAAACUGCUGAAGAGAGGGCUGCUAAAGAUGCACGAACAAGAGAGUUGCUUGCUGCUUACAAGAAGAAAAUCGGCUUAAAUGUUGAUCCAAAGUUGAAAAUUGAAUGUGAGAAGGUUCUGAAGGACGGUGAUGCUCUGAUGGAUUCGGGAAAGCUCAAGGAAGCUUUACCUUAUUAUGAGAAGAUCAUGAAAAACCUGCCGUUUCAGAGCGAAAUUCAUGGCCUAGCGGCAUUGCAGUGGUCUAUUUGCCAGGAUUCGCUAACAAGGCGAGAUCAGGCCCGUUCUAUGUACGAGAAGCUUCAGAGUCAUCCGAAUCCUACGGUCAGCAAGAAAGCUAGGCAGUUCAUGUUCAGUUUUCAGGCCAUGGAGAUGAUGAAGGUAGGAAGCUCAAGGCUCUCUUCAAGGAACACGGGAUACCAGAACUAUUUCGAGGCAUUCAUUGAAGACAAAGUCGACUACACUUCGAAUAACGAUGAUGAAGCACGACUGGGUGCUCUGACCACUAAUGCUUUCCCGUACUUUAUUUUUCUUCUCUCACCUAUUUUUUACGUACUAUUCAUUGCGCUGCAGAAAGGAAGAUGACAUAUAUGAGUUGGACAAUUUUUACCCGAAUUUAGGAAUGAGUCGUAGCUUUUAGCUGAUGUGUAGCAUGCAAUUUCUAAUGAUUAUGUGAACAAACAUGGAAGGACAUUGUAAGCAUACCUAAUAUGAAUAGACCUAGACCUUUUCAAUGCCGAAUGAGGUCAAUGCCAAA